GUUGUAUAUACAAUAAUGGAAAGAAUCCAAUAGUCCCCAUCAUUUUCAGUUGUCCCCAGUCCCACCAGUCCACCACCCACGCACCAACCAUCGAUCUCUAAGCAAUCGCCCAAUGCGGCACUGCCCGUCCGCCGUCCCAUCUAUUUAGCCCAAGCAUCUCGGAAAGAAUGGAAUCAAGAACGAACUACCCAAAAAAAUCACCCAAAACAUGGGUCAUUUCAGUCAACUCUUCCUAAUUCUUCUUCACAUACUCAUUUUCGCUCUAAAUUCUCAACUGGGUAGUUGCAGUUUUUCAACUUCAUCCUCAAACCCACUUACCCAACAAAAUUUAGACAGAAUUAGCUACCUUCCUGGCCAGAAUUUUGAUGCUGAGUUUGCACAAUAUUCUGGGUAUGUUACUGUUAAUCAAGAAUUUGGAAGAGCACUCUUUUAUUGGUUAAUUGAAGCUGUUGAAGGUCCCUCUUCAAAGCCUCUCCUUUUGUGGCUUAAUGGAGGGCCUGGAUGUUCAUCCAUCGCCUAUGGAGAGGCAGAAGAACUCGGACCAUUUCAUAUCGAGAAGGAUGGGAAAACUCUUUAUUUGAAUCCUCACUCUUGGAACAAAGUUGCAAAUAUUUUAUUUCUGGAUUCUCCUGCUGGAGUUGGUUUUUCAUAUUCCAACACUACGUCUGAUUUGCUAUCUCAUGGAGAUAAAAGUACAGCUCAGGACUCCUUGAAGUUUCUGCUGGAAUGGUUCGAGCGGUUCCCACAUUAUAAGGGGAGAGAAUUUUAUAUUUCAGGGGAGAGCUAUGGAGGACAUUAUGUACCACAGCUCAGCCAAGCAAUUGUAAGGCACAACUUGGAAAGCAACAAGAAAACAAUUAAUCUGAAGGGUUAUAUGGUUGGAAAUGCCUUGACUGAUGAUUUCUAUGACCACGUUGGUGUUUUCCAGUUUAUGUGGUCAUCUGGAUUGAUUUCUGAUGAAACAUACAAGAUGCUUAACGUAUUUUGUGACUUUGAGUCCUUUAUAAAUGAAUCAGACAAGUGUGGCAAAAUAAUAGAUAUUGCUAACAAUGAACUUGGAAACAUUGAUCCAUAUAGCAUCUAUACUCCCUCUUGUACCGCGAACUCUUCUUCGCCUAACAAGUUACUGAAAAGAUUGAUGAUUGGUCACAUCAAUGAAGCAUAUGAUCCAUGUAGUGAGAAGCAUUCAGUUGUAUACUUCAACAACCCUGAAGUUCAGCAAGCACUACAUGUUAAUCCCAAGUUUGCUCCUGAGAAAUGGGAAACAUGCAGUGAAGUAAUAUUUUCUAACUGGAAGGAUUCAUCGAGGUCUGUCCUUGACAUAUAUCACGAGCUUAUUGCUGCAGGACUUCGAAUUUGGAUUUUCAGUGGCGACACUGAUUCUGUAAUUCCCGUCACAUCAACAAGAUACAGUAUAGAUGCUCUCAGACUUCCAACCGUUAAACCUUGGCGUGCCUGGUACGACGAUGGACAGGUAGGGGGAUGGACAGAAGAAUACAAAGGCCUUACAUUUGUAGUGAUAAGAGGAGCAGGACAUGAAGUCCCUCUACAUCGAUCUAAGCUUUCCCUUACGCUAAUCAAGUCCUUCUUAGCUGGUGAAUCGAUGCCAGCAUUGCAGCAACUCAGUGAUUCUUAAAACAUAACAUACCAUUUUUCAGGAGUAAAAAUACCAGAAGAAAGGGUCUUAUACCCUCAAACGUACGGGGGAAGAAAAUCCCGAAGAAUCUGGGUAGAAUUGACAAACUAACCAACCACCUAGGUAAUAAUUGACAAAAUUUCUUACCAAGUAGUUGGUUUUCACCAGAAAUAUGGAAUUACAUGGUUAUAGUUUCUGACACUUUCACGCGAUUUCUUCUGGAGCUAGGAAUAAGAAAAAUCUGAGUGUCAACGUUCAUUGACAAUAAUUGCUUGCUUUAGCUUAUUUCACAGUUGAAUAUAAUCUCAUAAAUUACAAUUUAAA